ACUGCCGGCGAGUUUAACAAAAUAUUUUACCAAUAGCAGCUAUGUCGGGCAGGUCGGUCCGCGCCGAGACACGGAGUAGGGCGAAAGAUGACAUCAAGCGGGUUAUGGCUGCUGUUGAGAAAGUACGAAAUUGGUAAGAGGGAACGCGUUAUCUAAGAGAGCAGCAAUGCUAGUGGGGGGAGGAGAGACCAGGAGAAGAAAGAACGAAAGACACACUAAAUCAAAUUUGGUCGGAUGCUACCUCGGCUCAGGUGUACUGCACCCUCUCGCCUUGAUCUGGGAGGAGGUCGCCGCUUAAAACACUUAUAAUGGAGAAGAAAUGGGUAACUGUCGGCGACACAUCCUUGCGAAUCUACAAGUGGGUGCCUGUGACCGAACCCAAGUCAAAUGAUAAGAGCAAAAACAAGAAGAAAGCCAUCAACGACAAGUAUGGGUCGGAGAUCACAACACCAGAAAACAGCUCCUCUCCCGGAAUGAUGGAUAUGCAUGAUGAUAACAGUAACCAGAGCUCCAUUGCUGACUGCUCUCCCAUGAAGCAGGAGAACAGCAACAGUGCCAGCCCUGCCCAAGAGGCCAUGGCAACUUCCCAGAGUGACAGCAUUGAGGCCAAGAGUGACCAGAGUCAGUCCCCUCGCAAAGAGCAGCUGAAGAGCACAGACAGCAAGAGUGGAAAUGUUCACCCCUCAUCAUUUUCAAACACAAGCACACCUAAGAGAGACCGAAGGUCCACGGGAAGGAAUGAACCAUCCUCGGACACUCCUCAAGAUUCUCAGGAAUCUGAAGAUGGCACUCCUCCCAAUAAGAAGGGGAAGUUGGAAACUCCCUCAGAUUUCCUCAAAACCAGCUAACUUAUCUUUUACCAUCACCAAUUCCUUGAUCUGUUGCCAUGUCCUCAGCCCUCCUGUGUCUUAAUUUCUUUAUUCUUCUGAAUUGGUCCAGGUGACAUCCAGCACCCACCUCUACCCCAAAAAAGACUUUAAAACUAAACCAGGAUCAGCUGGAUGGGGCAGUGUCGACCUAAACUGCAGCUAAAUCUCAUUUUGCCACACAUCCGCUGUUUUUGUUCUUAAGUAUAUGUACAUAUUUAGUUUUUGUUCAUGCGGGUCAACACACUGUUUGAAUCCUCUUAAGAUCUGUUGGUUCUGCUCUGUUUAUUACUUUGACAGUAAAACAUUUAGUUAAUUUAACUAAAGACAAUACCUACAUA